AUGGCAGUCACGAACAAGUUCUUGAUCACUGUAAUUAUAAUCAAUGGAUUGUUUUUAUCUCCUUCUCAGUCUCUAGUGAAAGAAAGAGAAGAUGAUUCUAAUGAUCCAUCUUCUCUCCAUUGUUAUUUUCUUUGUGGGUUGAAGACAAAACUCCCAAGGGCCCCUGCCCCAUUACCACCGCCACCUCCGCCGCGAAAUUCUCCUUGUCAUCAAAGUCCUCCUCCUCCGAUUUCACCACCACUACCACCGCCACUAUUACCAUCACCGCCACUAUUACCAUCACUUCCACCACCAUUAUAUAUGCGACCACCUCCACCACCGCCGCCAAGAAGAGGACCACCUUCAUCACCACGAAGAUCACAUGCGCCGCCGCCACCACCACAAAGAGCUAAUUCAAACAUGAGCAGCAGGAAGAACAUUUUAAUGGCGGAAGCUGUUGAUGUUCAUCAUGAUGAAGAUCAUAGCGUUGAAAGUUCUGCAAACUAUUAUCAGUUGCAUCCUCAAAUGAAAUGGGUUCUGAGUAGGAGAGGAAUCGGAAACUUUCCGAGACGGCCGCCUUCUCCGAUGCCAAAUCAAGGAGCUCAACAAGUUAUGCCUCCCCCAUCCGUGCCUAUCUAG